CGAUGGCGGCGGCGGCGGCGGCGGCGGCGGGCUGGCGGGCCCCGGCCCCGGCCCUCAGCGACCCCGGCCCCGGCCCCCAGGAGCGAAUCGCCGCCCGCCGCCGCCGCCUCGCCGCCCGCCUCGAUGCCAAGCGCCGGGAGGCCCUUGGAGAAGAUGCGGAGCUGAAGGUGGCUCAGGUGGAGGAAGAGCAGAGAAGGAGCCACAAGCAGAUUGAGGAGAGCAGGCAGAGGCUGGCCAAGCUGCUUUUUGAUGGCACGCAGAUGGUGACAAAUAUCCAGGUGGCUGCUGACUUGAGAGAAACGCAAAGGAGGGCAGAGGAGGCAGAGCUGAAGCUACAGAGGGUGGAGAAGCUGGAGAAUGAAGCCAAGUCUAGCACAUACAAGUUUGAGGAGAUCACCUCCAAGUGGGCCUUGGCCAAGGAGAUGACAAUCCCACAGGAGCUGUGGCAGCUGCUGAACCAACAGCAGCAGCAGUGUGCGCUGCUUCUGGAGGAGAAGAACAAGCUCAUUGGUGAACUGCAGCAGGAGCUGAAAAACAAAGAUGAACAAUACGUGUGGGCCAUUAAGAAGCAGUCGGAUGAUAUUCACUUGCUUUUGGAGAGAAUGGAAGAACAGAUCAGGCUCAUGCUGAAAAAUUACCGUCAUGAACUCCUGCAGAUUGAGAAAGCUUUUGAGCUUGAACGGCGAGAGCUGCUGGACAACAACAGGAAGAAAUGGGAGGAAGCCAUCCAGGCCCACAACACGCAGGAGCUGGAAUACCUGCACGCCCGUAUGAGGAAGGUGGAAGAGUUUGAGAAACAGCUGAAUCAGCUGCGGGUGCAGGAUGAGGAGGAGUAUAACAGCAUGAAGAUCCAGCUGGAGAACGAUGUGCAGAACCUGGAGAGGCAGCUCCACCAGAUGAAAGCUGUCUAUCAGCUGAACCAGGAGAAGCUGGAGUACAACCUUCAGGUGCUUAGGAAACAGGAUGAGGAGAACACCAUCAUCAGAUCCCAGCAGAAAAGGAAGCUCAACCGGCUCCACAGCUUGCUCAAUAACCUGAGAACAAAACUGGCUAACCAAGAGAAGCAGUUCAGAGAGGAGAACCACAGCCUGGCAGCCGACUGCGAGCGCAUCAUGGGGCAGUGCAAGGAGGUGCAGAGGAGGAUGAGGCACUUUGCUAUCAGUGACGCUGAGAAAUUCACGGAGGUCUGGCUUAUGAACGAGGAGGAAGCCAAAGGGCUGAUGCGGAAAGCCCUCGAUGCAGAUCGUGUCAUUCACACUCAGCAACUGGGACUGCCCUGGGAAGAGCCUCGUUACUGGUUCCUGAAUAACGUUGGCCCCCUUGGGCAUUACAAGGUGAAGAGGAUGGCGACCAAGCUGGCUGCAGCAGUCCUGACAGAGAGCAGCUCUGGGGGACAGGAGGAGGAAGGGAGAGAGAAGGAGAAGGAAGAAGUGGGCAGUAGAGUCACACCCCUGCGAAAUAUCUCCAAGAAGACUGCCAAGAGGAUCCUGGAGCUCAUCAGUGACGAGUCGGGUUUCCUCAUUGAGAGCAAGCUGCUGAGGUCCCUGCAGGCGCUGGGGAGGCACGAGCGUACCCUCAUGAAGCUCGACUCCAUCUUUGCGGCCCUCGAGAUCGACAGUGAGGAUGACCUGUACCAGCUGGUGGAUUUUUUCUUGAAGUACAAAGCCCAGGAGAUGGCUGUCAGCCAGAGCCAGGGCAGCCCAGGUGCAGAAGAUGUCACGGAUCUAGCUGAGGACAGAGAGGACGGUGGAUCCGGUGCCCAGAGGAACAAGCUCAAAUCCCCUCGGAGCUUGCUGGUCUCCCUUCCAUCUGUGUACAUCCAUGCUGAUGAUGUCCUAAAGAUCCUGAAAGCAUUUGUGUGGGGUUUUGACAAGCUGAGGGAGAAGGACAGGUCAGCAAAGGAGGUGCUACAGGUACGGGACAGCUCCAAGGACGGGGAGUACUGGGAAGCCCUGGCACACAUUAUCCCCGAGCCGACGUUGAAGCUGUGGGAUGCGCUGGCGGUGGCACUGGAGGAAUAUUACGAGAUCCUCACACGGAGAGCCAGCCUGCUCGCCGAAGCGGCCCUCCUGCAGCAGCAGAACUCGGAGCUGUGCCUGCUGCUGGAGGAGUACAUCAGCUCCGGGGUGAACAGCAAGCUGCUCUCCCCUCCCACGAAAUGGAUGGACCUGAACCUGUCCUGCCCCGGGGAAGCGCAGUGGGUCCCCAGGGCCAGGGCACAACUUUUCUCUGCCCCAAGCUGAAGCUGUGUCUGGAGCCAGGGCUUUCUGGCAGGGACUAAUAAACCAUUCCCAAACCUGA